AUGGCAUCAGAACAUAAGGAUUGUGAUGGACGAAUACGAUGUCCUUGUGUGAGAUGUAUAAAUAGUAGGUUUGAAAAAAUAGAUAGGGUUAGAGCACACGUAUUUGAUCGAGGUUUUAUGCAAGGAUAUGACAAGUGGAUUUAUCACGGGGAGCCUGAGGAUGCCGUCGUUGAUGUAGCAGUUGCCGAUGUUGAAUCAGAGGAUGAAAUGAUUCCUAUUUUGGAAGAUUUCUUUCCCUCGACAACUGAGGCACAAGGAGAAGAUGAACAACCAACCACAAACCCACAAUUUGAUGACUUAUUUGAGGAAAUUGAAGCUGAAUUAAUUAUUGAAGCUUUUAAAGUUUGCGUUUCGAAGGAAAAUAAUAUUCCAUCAACUUACUACGAGGCAAAAAAGAGAUUGAAGAAAUUAGGCUUGGGUUAUGAUAAUAUCGAUGUCUGUUUGUAUAAUUGUUGCUUAUUUUAUAAGGAGAAUGCAUCCAAGGAGGCUUGUCCAGUUUGCGGAACUAGUCGUUGGGUUACUUCCGAGAACGGGAAAGGAAAAAAAGUUCCUUGCAAAGUCAUGCGAUACUUUCCGUUGACACCUCGACUUAAAAGAUUAUAUAGUUCGAGGAUUACAGCGAAAAGCAUGAUAUGGCAUCAUACUGGAAAAUCAAAAGAUGAUGGGGUGUUGCGACACCCGGUCGAUGGUUUAGCUUGGAAAGACUUUGAUGCAAAACAUCCCGAUUUUGCAAGGGACCCAAGAAAUGUUCGACUUGGGUUAGCUGCUGAUGGAUUUAAUCCAUUUGGCAACAUGAGUCUUGCAUACAGCAUGUGGCCAGUGGUGUUGGCUAACUAUAAUCUACCACCUUGGUUAUGUAUGAAAGAUAAUUAUUUCUUGCUAUCUACCCUAAUUCCUGGUGCAAAAUCUCCUGUGAAUGAUUUUCCUGCUCGUAGUAGCUUGUCUGGGUGGAGUGGUCAAGGUUAUAAAGCUUGCCCUACUUGUAAUGAAGACACGACGUCCAUUCGAGUGAUCGGGAAGACAUCAUAUGUUGGUCAUCGAAGGUUCUUGCCAAGUAACCAUGCAAUGAGAAGGGAUACUCGAUUUGAUGGUAAAGUUGAAAGAAGACCUCCUCCAAGACGAUUUACUUGUGAAGAAAUAUUAUCACAAGUUAAUGCUCUCGAACCCCAAAUUCCCGGACAUCAUGAAAAUUUUGGGGGCGUGAAACGUAGAAGAGUUGCAGAAAAUUAUAAUUGGAGGAAAAAAAGUAUUUUCUACGAGUUGGAGUAUUGGAGCACGAAUAUUUUAAAACACAACAUUGAUGUCAUGCAUGUUGAGAAAAAUGUGUGUGAUAGUCUCCUAGGAACCAUCUUGGAUAAUGAUAAAUCAAAGGACACAACCAAUGCGCGCCAUGAUUUAAAGAAGAUGGGUAUUAGGGAAUCGUUGUGGAUUUAUGAAGAUGUAAAUGGGAGGCAAAUGAAACCGCAUGCUCCUUAUGUUUUGACUCGUGAGAAAAGACAACUUUUUUGUCAGUUUGUUAAAGGAAUAAAGUUUCCCGAUGGCUUCUGUUCAAAUUUAAAGAGCAAAGUUUCUCCAGAUGAGUCUAACAUUAUUGGGUUAAAAUCCCACGAUUGUCAUGUCAUUAUGCAGCGAGUAUUAGCGGUUGGUGUCCGUAAAUUUCUACCUCGUGACACUGCAACAACUAUUACUCAGUUGUGUAAUUUUUUUCGACAGUUAUGCUCUAGAACUCUAAAUGUAAAAGAUAUGGAGGAUGCUCAAAAUAAUUUAAUUCUGUUAUUGUGCAAGAUGGAAUUGAUUUUUCCUCCAGCUUUUUUUGACAUUAUGAUACACUUGGUAUUGCAUUUGCCUGAAGAAGCGAUAUUGGGUGGCCCGGUCUUUAUGAGAUGGAUGUAUCCUUUUGAAAGGUACAUGAAAAAAUUGAAAAAUUAUGUGGGAAAUAAAGCACGUCCUGAAGGGUCAAUUGCAGAAGGUUAUGUUGCUGAUGAGGCAGUAACCUUUUGUUCAAUGUACUUUAAAGGGUGUGAAACAAGAUUUAAUCGGCUUGAUCGAAAUGAAGAUGCGCCUUACGUUUGUCGCUAUCUCUCAGUUUUUAAUUCUCAAUCUCGUCCUUUAACUAGCGGACUUAUCAAGCCUCUUGAUCAUACCAGUCGUGAAAAAGCUGAGUGGUACAUUCUUCAAAAUUCUCCUGAAAUCCAAGCUUACUUAGAUGAACAUUUGGACAAGAUCAAGCAUGAAAAUCCGAAUGGUAAUCACGAUGCAUUGCAUAGGCAAACUUUCCGUCCGUGGUUUCACAAGAAGAUAUAUGAGCUGCACAAGCUUGGAACUUUACAAAAUGGUGAUGAGUUACUCGCUCUCGCUUCCGGGUCCGAUUACUUAGCAACAUUUUACGAAGUGUCAUUGUUUGAAUGUAAAUGGUAUAACACUAAUCCAUUAAGAAAGAAGACAAUCACUGAAAAUAAUAUAACUAGUAUAAAUACUCGUGGACAUUGGUAUCAAGAUGAACCGUACAUCCUUGCCAACCAGGCAAAGCAAGUUUUCUAUCUUGAAGAUCCACUCAGAGGUCGCGAUUGGAAGGUUGUUGAAGAUAUUAGCCAUCGACAAAUUUGGGACAUUACUGACAACGAAGAUGAGAUCGAUGUAGAUGUUGUUAGUGAUUCUAACUACGCCAAUUUUGUGUUGACGAGUUGA